AUGGCAUUUUGGCUAUGUUUGGUUUUGUUAGGUGGAUCAUUUGCGUACUUAAGAGUAGAACUGGGAGAAUUUGUGGCCUUCAUAGCUGCCGGAAACAUCCUCCUUGAAUAUGUAAUCGGCGGCGCCGCGGUGGCUCGGUCAUGGACCUCUUAUUUCGCCACCCUCUGCGGCCAACACCCUGAUGACUUUCGUAUAGUAGUCCACAACAUGAACCCUGAUUAUGGGCAUCUGGACCCUAUAUCCAUCGGAGUACUCAUAGCCAUCACUCUCCUCGCAGUGUACAGCACCAAAGGCUCUUCAAUCUUCAACUUCAUUGCCACGAUCUUUCACUUGAUUGUCAUUGCCUUCAUCAUCAUCGCAGGCCUAACGAAGGCCAACACCGAAAACUACAAACCUUUUCUUCCUUUUGAAGUUCGUGGCGUGUUCAAGGCUUCGGCUGUUCUUUUCUUUGCCUAUGUUGGCUUUGAUGCUGUCUCAACCAUGGCUGAGGAAACCAAGAACCCUGCGAGGGACAUUCCCAUUGGUCUCGUGGGCUCAAUGGUGAUUACCACAUUCUUAUAUUGCGCGCUAGCUGUGACACUAUGCCUCAUGCAAAAGUACACCGACAUUGACCCAGACGCUCCCUAUUCGAUUGCGUUUAGUGCUGUGGGAAUGGAUUGGGCUAAGUACAUUGUUGCAUUUGGGGCGUUGAAGGGAAUGACCACUGUGUUGUUGGUGAGUGCGGUGGGUCAAGCUCGUUACCUAACCCACAUUGCACGUACCCACAUGAUGCCUCCUUGGUUUGCUCAUGUUGAUGAGAAAACUGGGACACCCGUGAAUGCCACAAUUUCCAUGCUUGCAGCCACAGCCGUAAUUUCUUUCUUCACUAAACUUAAUAUUCUCUCCAACCUCUUGUCAAUUUCCACUCUCUUCAUCUUCAUGCUUGUGGCUGUGGCGCUUCUAGUGCGCCGCUAUUACUCAAGUGGGGUAACCACAAAGCAGAAUAAAACGAAGCUCAUUCUGUGCCUUGUGCUGAUUUUGGGGUCUUCGUGUGGAAUUUCUGGUUAUUGGGCAAGCAGCGAUGGUUGGAUUGGGUAUGCAAUUUUCGUGCCGCUGUGGAUUUUAGGGACUGUGGUUCUUUGGCUUUGUGUUCCGCAGGCAAAGCAACCGAAACUUUGGGGGGUGCCCUUGGUUCCAUGGCUACCUUCUUUAUCUAUUGCCAUUAACAUAUUCCUUCUUGGCUCUAUUGAUAAAGAUUCAUUUAUCAGAUUUGGGGUGUGGACAGGGCUCCUCUUGGUAUACUAUGGGCUACUGGGGCUACAUGCUUCUUAUGAUACAGCGAAAGGGUUCGAGAGCCAAAAAACUUCUGUGGAUGUUGAUAAGCAGUGGAACAAGGCGGAAGAAGGGGCGCAAGGGGCAAGAGGGCAAGUGCCUCUUACAGCAGUUACAACUGACUAAUGGACAAAAAGUUGCCGUAACUAGACAAAAGGCUUCUCAGCAAAUAAUUUACUUAAACUUUCGAUAUUCCAGUUAGUCAAAAAAAGUAGCUGUGGGUGUGUAUUUUUCAAAAAAAGAAGCUGUGGAUGUGUGAACAUGUUUCUUAUUAGUGUUGCUGAAUUAUUUGUAGAGUGAUAAUCUUUAGACAACGAUCUGUUUUAGAAUAGUUUCUUUUUAGCAGUAAAAUCUGCAUGGUUAGUACA